GACCACGUGUGUGCUGCUACCUCCACCCGUGCUGAGAAUGGCGGCAGUACUUGGCCGCCUCUGUGACAACAGCACCGAUAACUGGGACGAGCUUUGGGGUAGCCAUGUAACUUUUCCUUUUAUUGGAUUUUUCUGGGUGACCCGCUACUUACAACGAUAUCAGCAGUAACGAUCUCAUAUUUAAAAUCUGCAUUAGGCAAUAAAUGAUGCCAUUUAUCCUCUUGUUCUCACUGGCCCAAGGUCUUCGAGCCCGCCCACACCUGUCUCAUUAGCCACACCCGGGGAGACAGCGCUCGCUCCCCGUCCUCCUCGCUCUCCUCUCCACUGUCGCCUGCUCGGCUGCGGCGCCUGGACGCAGUUCGGCCUUGGACCAUCGCGCAACUUGUCGCGGUAGCUCUCAAGAAGGAAAAAUGUCCGAAGUAAUUCAGACUGAAGGGAAGCGCCGGAGGACGGAGCGGACUCCCUGACUUGCCGCCCCCCGCUGCUCGUGUUUAGAGACAGAGACUUUGGGGACUUUUUUUUUUUUUGGGGUCGCUCGCAGGAGCACGAUGACCAUGGGAAAAUGGCACUUAUCCAUGGACCCGGUGCAGGAGUGGGGGGAGGAGGAGGAGGACGGGGCCGUGUUUGGCAUUACGCUGCGGAGGGAGCCCGUCCUACCGAGCUCAGAUGCGGCCGAGUUCCCCACAGCCUUCAGCUUCAUCCAGUACCACACGGUGAAGGUGCGCAGGCUGAAGGCCGCCACCCUGGAGCGUCUGGUCACCCACCUGCUGGACCCCGGACACCAGGAGCCCGACUUCGUCCGUGUCUUCCUCUCCACCCAUAGUGCCUUCACCUCCACCAGCACCCUCAUUGAGCUGCUGUUUGAGAGAGACGACUCAAUCGCCAACCUUGAUAACACCGUCUGCCCUCAUAGUACUUUACCCCAAGUGAUUCGGCUGUGGCUGGAGGAAUACAGCGAAGACUUCCGUGAAGCCCCUCAGUACCAGGCCCUCAGGCUGUUGUGUGUGCACCUGCGGCAUCGCCUCUGCUUCAGACGUCUGGCUCAGACUGCUGAGACCCUGCUCAAGAGGCUCCAGGAGCAAGAUUGCAGCCAGUCUGCGUCACCGCACGGCUGUGACUCAUUGCAGCAGGAGCCCAGAGAUCAGGAGGAUGGAGGAGAGACGUCUGCUAAAGAGGAAGACAGAUACAGCUUUAUGGACUUCCCUACGAGAGACAUAGCGGAGCAGCUGACCAGGCUGGACGCUGAUCUGUUUGUCAGAGUGGUUCCCUUCCACUGCCUGGGCUGCGUCUGGUCCCAGCGCGACAAGAAAGAAAACCGAAACUUGGCGCCCACCGUCCGCGCCACCAUCUCCCAGUUCAACGCCGUCACCAACCGUGUCAUCACCUCACUCCUCUGCCCGUCCUCACCCAGCCCUCCCACUUCCUCUCCCGUCUCAUCACCCACCUCCUCCUCUACCUUCCUGUACCCCUCCACUGCCCCGAGCUCACCUCGCUGCUCGCACGCCAGCCCCGCCCACCGAGCACGCAUCAUCGAGAGGUGGAUCGCCAUUGCACAGGAGUGCAGACAGCUGAAGAAUUUCUCCUCUCUGAGGGCCAUCCUGUCAGCCCUGCAGUCCAACGCUGUGUAUCGCCUCAAGAAGACCUGGGCUGCCGUCAGCAGGGAAAGCAUGGCCACCUUUGACCACCUGUGUGAUACUUUCCCUAACGAAAACUGUGUGCUAACCACCAGAGGGAUCCUCGUCGAGGAUGGGAGUCACCCAGACAGCGGUGCCACCCCGGGCUCUAAAUCCCUGCAGCUCUGCUCAGUGUCCAGACAGAUGACCUGCAGCAGUGGUGUUGUGCCGUACCUGGGCACUUACCUGACUGUCCUCACCAUGCUGGAUACAGCACUGACGGACACUGUGGAGGGUGGACUCAUCAACUUUGAGAAGCGCAGACGGGAGUUUGAGAUUCUUUCCCAUAUUCGACAGCUUCAGACUUCCUGUUCCCACUAUAGCCUACCAGCGAACCCUCAUAUCACCGCCUGGCUGCAGGCGCACACGCUGCUCACAGACCAGGAGAGCUACGAGCUGUCCCGUGAGCUGGAGCCUCCUUUGGACGUCUGUCCCAGCUCUCCCAACUCAUGGAGCAGUCGUCUGCUCACUAAGAAGCUCGCCUCGUUGCGAACAGUCAGUGACAGCUCCCUCAGGAAGACCCACGCUGAUCAGAUCAGUGUGUCGUCUUCCGGCUCCAGCAGUUCAGACAUGGAGGACCUCUCCGCCCCACAGCCCUCCCCCCUCAGACUCAAAUUCAAGUCUCUGUCGGGUUCUCUUCACAACGUAGCAGAGGACUUCUCCUCCUCCUCUCCCAGUCUUUCCAGCUCCUCCUGCAGCUUCUCUCAACCAGACCUCAGCUCCUCCUCUCUGGCGCUGAGCCCUGAGUCAUCAUCCCCCAGCUGCUCUCCUCAGGCCUCACUGCCCGUCUACAACAAACAAGUCGCUGACUCAUGUAUCAUCAGGGUCAGUGUGGAGUCUGUCAGCAAUGGAAAUGUUUACAAGAGCAUUCUGCUGACCAGUCAGGACCACACACCUCAGGUGAUUAUGAGAGCUAUUGAGAAACACAACAUGGAGGAUGUCAGCUGCCAUGACUUCAGCCUCUGCCAGAUGCUCAACAAUGGGAAAGAGCUCCAGAUCCCCGACAAAGCCAAUGUAUUUUACGCCAUGUGCACCAAUGCCAACUACGACUUUGUCCUGCGCCAGCACUGGAGGAGCCACAGGAGACACCUCGGCUCUUCCUCCAGCCCUGGAGCUCAACCCAAGAGCCGCAACGCCAAGUGAUAAGCACCUGUCCUUUACUGAAGUUUGGGAGUACAACCAGAAGACGGAGGAGCUGCUCAUCUGCAACAAGAACCCAACAACCCACCUGUGGCUGUUAGUGCCCACUCAUCAUCGUGAGGUUGUCACUAUGCAGCAGGUAUGAGCCGCUCCAUCAUUGAGAAUCCCAGGAAACCCGAGAGCUUCGACUGAAAAUGUAACGUGAAGGAGUUCUCAGCAGGAAGUCGUCUUUACUGGGGGCAACAUUGAAAUGUGUUAUACCACGAAAUAGUCUGAAUUUUAGGAAAAUGUCCAAGUAUACAGAAGAGAGACACCAAGAAGAACUCUGUCAUCUUAUCACCACCAUUUUCGGAUAAAUGAACCACAUUUACCCAGGACCACUUUUCCCGAUCCACCACUGGUAGAACACGUCAGCUUUCACUGCAGCUAAUUACAAACAUCAGGAGCAGCUGGUCUGACAAACAGUCCUCUAUCAUGACUUUCCAGUGGAACAUGAUGAUAAAUGUGGCCGUGCGGCUGCAGAGUCAGGCCUACAGACCGCUAUGAAGUUUCCUGCCUCGGACUCGUACAGCAGACGUGGGACUGUUCCUUCAGCUUGUUUGGCUGAAUGAGGAACAGGAACUGCUGAGUUUCCCAACUACACUCAACACAAUGAAGAAAAGCUAGUCAGAAUCACUAAGUAUGGGAUGCUCACUGUUAGUUGAUGAGUAUCAAAAUGAUCUGGGUCAAAAGUGAAGAACAGUGACGAUGGAGAUUUUAUUUGUCCAGAGAUAGUAAGUAAUAAGUAUUCAGUCGUCUUUUAGUUGAGAAUUUAAAUGUUUUUAAUGUAAUUUUAUCAACUUAAAGUAUUUAAUGCACUCCAGUAUUCAGCUUUUAGAGCAAAAGUGGUAUGAUAAAAAUGUUUGUUUUGUUUGUUUGUUUGCUUUGGUAUCUCGAUAAGAUCAACUGAAGAUUGUAUUAGUUUGAAUGAAGAAAGCAGAUUUUCACUGUCUGCAGUUAUUUAAUGAAGGAGACUUUGUAUGUGAGCAGAAUUGGCAUGUUAUAAAUGUUUAUAUUCAGUGGUCUUGCCUGGGCUGUGGUGUUUAUCUCAGAUGGUUCAAAGAAGAGCUGAAAUGUUGACAUGGGAGGUAUCUCCGCUGUAUGGUACUGAUGGUGAAGGCUGGGAUUCAGGCGAGACUACUGAUCACUUUAGUUUGUAAUCCAGAGCAAUUUAACUCAGAAGGAAAGUACAAGAACAGGCCUUUUGCCAGGAGUGGAAUAUAGCUGACUCCACCUGCCUGUGUACAGUGUUGUGAUGGAGAUUUACCUGAAGGAUUCCUGCAUGUGAAAAUGAAGAGUCUCAGUAUGUGAGUUUAUGUGACAUGAAUGAUCACCUCAGUGAUGUGAAAUACUCCCCAAAACUACAGGGCAGCUUUCUGCAAGUACUAAUACUGAGUAUUGGUGUGGUCGUUAAAUAAAUAUGAUUAAAAUUCGUUGCUUUCCAGUCAUUGGAAGAUGCACACAGUGAUUCACCUCCCUGUUUUGAACGAUUUAAGAAAAAAAAAACAAAAGAAAAAAACAAUUUAAACCCCACACACACACUGGUGGAGACUCUGCCUAGUUUUGCGCCAAAUUUUGCAUCACUGAAUCCAGUUUUAAAGCUACUGAGGCUUGUUAAAAGUGAGGUUACAGGUUGGUCUUGAGGUCUUGCAGCUGCAAAGUAUGAAGGAGUCUACGGUGUGACUUCUGCUCUCUGUCUUACUUCUGACUCUCUUAGUAGACCCUCUUGUCAAUUCUCUUUUUAUUGUGUUUGAAACGUAAGUGAUGUUGUCAAAAUUAUGCACAUUAUAAUUUAAGCCUAUAUGUCUUUGUUCUCAUUUUAUUUUGACAUUCUUUAUUUUAAAUCUUAAUCUGAGCACUUUGUUUAUAAUUAGUAUUAAAUGUCCCCUAAUAAAGCCAGAUUACAAUUUA